CAGUUUCUGACCGAGCUCCGGGACGGGAGGGCGGUGAAGUAGACGCGGACUUUGCCACGGUUAUCUACGAAAAGCAGUUUCGGUCUUCUGAAUGGCUACACCGGGCAUGUUAGAAUAAAUGAACUCGGGUCUGGCGGUAUUCAGACAGCGGGGAGACAUUCCGUCGUGUUUUCAGCGACUUUGGAUAACUUAGGCUACUGGAGGAAAGUUUAAAACCCUGCGCUGCCCCGGUGUAAAGGUGAGACGGGUGUCACUUAAACUGUCUUGGCUUUCCCGUUUGUUAACGACAAUAUAGGCUGGUUUUGAUUAAAAAGCAACCAUUCAGUGAGAUUUUAUCUUCGAAUGCAGAACUGUUAUUUCGCUGUCCUGCACUGAACUCUAUUUAGCAGCAUGCCCGACAUGUGUUGCGCUGCGUAACCAGUUCAUCCAGCUCGGCGGGGAGUUUCGACGGCUGCUUGAUUGACUUCCAGGUAGACCGUUCUUCCAAAGCACUCCUGUAAAAGCCGUUUCACAAUAAUGGCUGGUUUGAGCAAUGUCCACAUGAAGACCCUGGAGGACCUGACGCUGGACUCUGGCUACGGGGCGGGGGACUCCUGUAAAUCCCUCAGCCUGUCCUCCUCCAAGUCCAACUCUCAGGCCUUCAUGACGGCCCCUCACCGGGGCAACUGGUGGUACUACUCCGGCUCCAUGAACAGCAGGAACAACAGCUGGGACACGGUCAACACUGUCCUCCCUGAAGACCCGGAGGACAUCUUCUCCAAGUGCCCCCGCUUACCUGAGCUGGAAGAGUUCCCUUGGGUCGAAGAGGAAGUGGCCAAGAUACUGCGCAAAGUGGCCGAGAGUGUGGGCAUUAAAGGGGGACCUACACCUGUGUUCUCUCCGGAGUCCGUGAGGCGGCUGUCUGCUGUCCUCCGCAGGGCUCUGAUCCGCAUCUCCAGAGAGGCUCAGCGGCUCAGCGUCAUGCACUGCCGCUGCACACGCUUCGAGGUGCAGAGCGCCAUGAGGCUGGUGCUCAGCUGGGCCCUGGCCGACCACUGCGUCUCUGCUACGGUCAAGGCCAUCUCGAUGUAUAGCAUGAGCGCCGGGGAACUACUGAGGAAGGGCAAGUCCGCCCGCUGCGGCCUCUCCUUCUCCGUGGGACGCUUCUUCCGCUGGAUGGUGGAUACUCGCAUCUCCGUGCGCAUCCAUGAGUAUGCAGCUAUAUGCCUGACCGCAUGCAUGGAAGCUCUGGUGGAGGAGAUAGGAGCCCGGGUGCUGAUGGCCGAGAGGGGUCAUUUAGGGCCGGAUUCAGGGUCAGCAUGCGCCCCAGUGAGUGCAGAGGCCCUAGAGGGGUUGGUGAACAAUGACGCAGAGCUGUGGGGAGUCCUGCAGCACUAUGAGCACCUGAUCUGCGGGAAGAACGCCAAUGGUGUUUUGUCUCUCCCGGCCCAUUUCAGUCCCUACACAGAGAACCAGCAGACGUCUGUGGACAGCAGGGAGGAUGCCUAUGCCCAGCUGGAGCUGAGGACGCUGGAACAGUCCCUGCUGGCUACCUGUGUGGGCAGCAUCUCUGAACUCAGUGACUUAGUGUCCCGUGCAAUGCACCACAUGCAGCGCCUAAGCUCAGUGCGCCCGGGACUGAGCCCAGCCCGCCAUGCCCGUCCCCAGCAGCCCGUGUCCUGGUCGCCAGAUGCCCUCCACACCCUUUACUACUUCCUGCGCUGCCCACAAAUGGAGUCCAUGGAGAAUCCCAACUUAGAUCCUCCACGCAUGGCACUUAGCAAGGAGAGGCCAUUCCUGUUGCUGCCACCAUUGAUGGAGUGGAUGAGAGUGGCUAUAGUUCAUGCUGAGCAUCGCAAGAGUCUUUUGGUGGACAGCGAUGACGUCAGACAGACCGCCAGGCUACUCCUUCCAGGACUGGACUGUGAACCAAGACAGCUGAAGCCUGAAUGUUGCUUUAGCUCCUUCAAGCGCCUGGACUCCAAAGCUGCCACAGACAAGUUCCAUCUAGACUUGGGUUUUCGGAUGCUCAACUGUGGACGCACAGAUCUUAUUGGCCAAGCCAUUGACCUACUGGGGCCAGAUGGGGUCAACAGCAUGGACGACCAGGGAAUGACCCCUCUGAUGUAUGCCUGCGCAGCUGGAGAUGAGGCCUUAGUCCAGAUGUUGAUCGAUGCCGGGGCCAACCUUGACGUGGCGGUGCCACCAUGCUCCCCGAAACACCCCUCGGUGCAUCCUGAUAGCCGCCACUGGGCAGCCCUCACCUUUGCUGUGCUGCAUGGACACAUCUCCGUAGUGCAGCUCCUGUUGGAUGCAGGGGCCAGCGUAGAGGGGGCCGCAGUACGCAACGGACAGGAAAGUACAGCAGACACGCCAUUGCAGCUGGCGUCAGCAGCAGGCAACUACGAGAUGGUGAGUUUGCUCCUGGCACGAGGCGCAGAUCCCCUAUCAAAGACCCACGAUGGAAAUGCCCUUACGUCAUCCCUUUAUGAAGACAUGAACUGCUUCAGUCAUGCUGCCGCACAUGGACACAGGAACGUGCUGAGAAAGCUACUGACUCAGCCCCAGCAAGUCAAGGAGGAUGUCCUGUCUCUGGAGGAGAUCUUAGCUGAGGGGGUGGAGGGUGAGGAGGCUGGGAUCUGCCCUUUUCUCCCCCUCUCCCCCCUCCCCACCUCGUCCUCUGGCCCUGGAGCCCUGCCAGAGGUUGGCAUACCAAGGCUUUGCAAGGCCAAGAUGAAGGCUCUCCAAGAGGCCAGCUACUACAGUGCUGAGCACGGCUACCUAGAUGUCACCAUGGAGCUACGAGCCAUGGGUGUACCAUGGAAACUACAUGUGUGGCUGGAGUCUCUGCGUUGUGCCCAGCAGCAGUCCAGAGCAGGAGUCACCCUCUCGCUCCUCAGAGAGUUCACCACGAUCAGAGAAGAGGACUACUGCGAGGAGUUGGUCGCCAUGGGCCUGCCCCUGAUGUUCAAUAUCUUACGUACCACCAAGAAUGAUGCCAUCAUACAGCAGUUGGCGGCUAUUUUUAGUCACUGUUUCGGCCCAGCCCCUCUUCCAGCUGUCCCAGAGAUGAAGGCAACUCUUUCAGCACAGUUGGACCCCCAUUUCCUGAAUAACCAGGAGAUGUCAGAUGUGACGUUUGUGGUGGAGGGGAAACCGUUCUAUGGCCACAGAGUCCUGCUAAUCACAGCUUCUGACAGAUUAAAAUCUAUGCUGGCAUCCUCUGGACCAGAUGGAAGCCCCAACAAGGAAAUUGAGAUUAGUGAUGUCAAGUACAACAUUUUCCAGAUGAUGAUGUCAUACCUGUACUGUGGAGGAACAGAGUCACUGAAAACUAACGUGCUUGAUUUGCUGGAGCUGUUGUCAGCUGCAAGUCUGUUCCAGCUGGGGGUGCUACAAAGACACUGUGAACUCAUCUGCUCCCAGCACAUCAACCUGGAUACAGCAGUCAGCAUCUAUAAGACAGCCAAGGUCCAUGGUUCAGUGGAGCUGACUUCAUUCUGUGAAGGUUACUUCUUGCAGCAGAUGCCUGCUCUACUGGAGAGAGACAGCUUCAGGAGCCUGCUGUUGGGACCCACCGGGGCCCGACAAGGGAACAACUCCACUUCUACGUUGGUUCACAGUCGGGGAGACUCACCUCUGGAGGAGCUGGAGGCCACCCUGGCUCAACGACUCCGCUCUCUCUAUGUUACCUCCAGAGUCUGAGGGCAACCAGACAGCUGCUGAGGAGAGAGGACAGAAAUAAGUGGAAGGCAGUUGGAGACACAAGUUUAAUUUUAUCACUGAUGCAGGAUCAGAGCUUAAGAAGGUAUUCAAAUGGUUUGAGUACAGAUGUUUUCUUAGUAACAUCUGAUCCUAUCCUAACUUCCACAGUGCCUUGACACUGGGACACACAUCAGUGAAUUAUUUGGCAGCAGACACAGAUUUUCACUUUGUGGACAAUUCAGUGUUUCAUACUUUGUGCAAAGCACUCCAUCUUGACAUUUAUUGCAGCGUACAGCUUGUUUAUGAAGAAGAAAAUUAGACAAUGUGAUGCUUAUCCUCCAAGGCUCGGGAAGCUUAAAUGGAGAAGCCGCAGAUGGAUGCAACAGGUGGGAUCUCUGAAAUAUGAAACACUGCUGCCCUCUAAUGGACAAAACUGGCAAAAUAAUAAAUUGCCAUGGAGGAUUGGGAUCAAGACACCCUCCUGGUUCUGACUGAAGCAAUAUAAAGUGACAGACUGAAGCAUCCAUUAAAGAAUCAAGUGAGGCAGCCAUGCUGGAAUUUUGGCUUUGUCCCGUUCAAACUAAUAAUGCAGAGUGGGAAAAAGGAGGCAGACCCGGUGCCUCCAGCCUUGAUGUAAGAUUUGGAUUAACAAAUGUACUUUUUAUCUAACUACAUGUUUUUAUUUUCUAUUUUUAAAAAUUAUUAUCAGAGAAACAAAACACUUACUGAAGAGUGGGAUGGACAUUUUCUAUUUAAUGAGGAAAAAAAAAGAUGUGAGAGUAUUUAAUGGGGUGUUCCCUUUUUAUUUUGUUUUUUAAUCCAAGCAAAUUAUUAUUAUUAUUGUUUAAAAGUUGCUUGUGUAGCUGUCGUUUUUCCAGGUACACACUAACAGUUAAUUAAGCUUAUGUAUGCUGAGGUUUAAAGCUUCUACACAGGUACAACAGCAGAAUCCAACAUGGGAUUUAGAAUACUUAAUGUCUGUUUUAAUGCUGAAUAUUGUAAUAAACCUGGUAAAGCGAG